AUGGUGAUCAAACUGACAUUUGCCUGCUCGGACUACGACCGUAUGAAGGCGAUCGAAGACGGGCGAGUCAGGCCAGAAGGAAUUGACCUCACUUUCCUCAAUUAUCGAGUAGAAGAGACGUUCUUCCGUCAAUUGAAGUUUCGAGAAUUCGAUGUCUCAGAGCUUUCUUUGUCUUCGUACGUGUUGACGUUGAACCAGGAGCAUCCGCCCUUCAUCGCAAUACCCGUAUUUCCCAGUCGCUACUUCCGGCACCAAUCGAUUUAUAUCAACACGAAAUCGGGAAUCAAGACACCUCAGGAUCUCAGAGGGAAGAGAAUCGGUAUUCCAGAGUACCAGAGUAUGUAUGCCCCUAGCCCAUGGCAGCUCGACUCAGUGAGUCUGAAACAAGAUGAAGCUCACAAUACCUCAGUGACUGCUGCGGUGUGGCAGCGCGGGAUGCUGGAAGAAGAGUUUGGCGUCCCUAUCAGCAGUGUCCAAUUCUAUGUCGGAAAUAUCGAACCGUCGCAAGAACAGCGGACGAACAAGGUCGCCCAUUCCGUACCAGCUAAUACAUCGAUAACGCCGAUCCAGCCUGGCCAGAACCUCUCGCAGAUGCUGGAGGACGGCGAGGUGGAUGUUCUCUUCACGGCGACUAAGCCGUCGUCAUUCGACAGAUGCGAGCACGUCACCUAUCUCUUCCAGGACUUCGAACAAGUCGAAGCCGAGUAUUUCCAACGAACCAAUAUCUUCCCCAUCAUGCACGUCGUUGUGUUGAAGCGCGAGGUUCACGAGAAAAACCCCUGGAUCGCCAAGACUUUGCAGAAGGCGUUUGCGAAAUCGCUGGAUGUCGCCUACGAAGCCAUCCAUGAGCGUGGCGCAUUGCGUUAUAUUCUUCCCUGGCUGGAGUACCAUGUCGAAAGAACCAAGAAGCUGAUGGGUCGGGAGUGGUGGUGGCAGGAUGGGUUCGAAGGAAACAAGCAAGUUCUGGACAAGUUUCUAGAGUAUUCCUUCAAGCAAGGGUUGGCGAAACGGCGUUUCAAGCCAGAGGAGCUAUUUGCUCCAAACACUUUGGAAAGCUUUGUUGUGUAG